UGGACUUGUUGCAAGCAUCUUGCUUGGUCAGCGUCAUAUUCUCCAAAAACGGAGAGUAGCACGCGAACCUGUGUAUUAAUAAAUGCUUAUACAUGUUUCCAGGAUUGCAAAUUUUCAAUGCAGUUAGACUUUUUGACCUUUGUUGACUUCAAAAUGCAUUUAAAUGACUUGUACAACAUUGGAUAGCUAGCUACAGUAGCGUCAGUCAGUAACGUUAGCGAUAACAGCUAACUGGCCGUGCUGAGCAUUUCUCCAGUAGAGAGAUUGGUCUGGAAUCUUGCCGGCUAGCUUAUCGCUAGUUGGCCAGCAAAUGCUGGAGGAGGGAAAGGCUGGCAUUUUUUUCGAUGAGCAGCAUGUCCCAGUUUUCCGCAGAGGACGAGGCAGAACUGCAGGCUCUGCUGAGGAGGUUACUCAGGAGCGUGCAAGAGAGAAUCUCCGGGGCGCCUUCGGUCGAGUGCGCCGAAGAAAUCCUCUUGCACCUCGAGGAGACGGACAAGAACUUUCACAACUAUGAGUUUGUAAAGUACCUGCGGCAGUAUGUGGAGAGCUCACUUGGGGCGGUCAUCGACGAGGAAACGGAGAGCUGCGCUAGGGGCGACAGCCAUGCCAUUGGCUCCGGUCAAGAUACCCUGGUCCACGCUGUCACGCGGAGAACGCGGGAAUCUGGCCAAUACAAAGCAAUGAUGCUAACGCUUAAGAAUACCAUGAUGGUGGUGGUGGAAUCGCUGAUCAAUAAGUUUGAAGAGGAUCAGCUGAAGAAGGAGGAGAUGCAGAGGAGAAGCCAGCGAGAGCAGUCUGGCAGCCAUUACACGGACAACUGCUCCGACAGCGACUCCUCUUUCAACCAGAGCUAUGCAUUCAUCAAACAUGAGCAACUGCAGGUUAUCGCAGAAAAACUUGACCCUAGCCGCCCAAAAGAGGUGCGCUGGGAGGCCCUGCAGUCCCUGUGCUGUGCCCCGCCCUCUGACGUGCUGAGCUGCGAGAGCUGGAGCAGCCUGCGCAGGAACCUGUCCGCAGCCCUGGCAGACCCCGACCCCAGCCUGAGCGACAAGGUCCUGAGAUUUUUUGCGAAAACCUUUUCCUCGUCUCCACUGAAUGUAACAAGAGAAAUUUACACCAGCCUAGCCAAAAGUUUGGAGUCUGACUUCCUCCUCCAGAAAUGGACCUUUCCAGUGGGAUCUGCUGGUGUUGAUGUAAAAACACAGGAAAUGACACGCGUCCUGAAACAGAUGCGAUUACUGAAUGAUUUCCAAAAGGAAGUGACAUCAUUCUGGAUUCGCCACCCAGAAAAAUAUAUGGAGGAGAUCAUUGAGAGCACCCUGUGCCUCCUCUCUGUGCACUCGGAGCACAGUCUGGGGACGCCGGCCUCCCAGAAGCCCCUGGAACCCGUCCACCUGAUCACAAUGCUGGACACCAAAGCCUCGUGGUUCAAAAAGUGGAUGCACGGCUACUACAGCAGAACCGUGGUUCUGAGGCUCCUGGAGAUGAAGUACAAGUCUCUGAUUGCCGCCGCGGUUCAGCAGUGCAUUUAUUACUUCGAGUCCUGCGACCGAGUUCGAGAGGAGGCGUCGGACGUCACGCACUCCGUGGAGCACCAGCUGAUUGGUGGGGCCCAGAGGACGCUGUACACGGCCAAGGAGCUGGAGUACAUGUAUUUCGUCCACUCCCUCUGCCUGCUGGGAAGGCUCCUCAUGUACACCAACGGAAGGAAGCUUUUCCCCAUCAGAGUGAAGAAAAGGAAAGAUCCAGUGACUCUUACAGACUUGAUUGCGAUCCUUAUAAGGACACUGUACCAGCACCCUAAACCGGCACAUUGUGACAUCUCGCACGCAGACUCCCUGUCGCCCACCGGUCUGGUGAUGGAGGUGCUGCGAACGCUGUGUGACCGCACGGAGUGCGCGGUCGAGUGCCUGUACCAGACCUCCGUGAUCGAGACGCUCCUGUGUCCCGUCGUCGCCUUGCUCAAAGGAAAACAGGCUAAAUUGAACUCCCCUGAAACCACGUUGACCCACAUAGCUGACAUCCUGGCAAGAAUCGCCACCACUGAACGGGGACUGUCCCUUUUUCUGUUCGACAGGAACCUAGUUUCCGUUGAGGGACAAAGUAUAUCAGUAGCCCAUGUGAUAGUCCAGUUCACCCAGAAGCUCCUGGCCAAGGAGCUGGCGGUGCUGACGGAGUCUGACACGUCCCCCAGCGUGAGCGGGGCCUUCAUCUUCGUCUGCAGACAGAUGUACAACACCUGCGAGGGGCUGCAGGAGCUCAGGCCUUACGGCCUGCACGAGUGCAUAGCAGAGGCGUGGAGAAAGACGAGCCGCCUGUCGGAGCGGGUUCCCACCCCCGUCCCCGGAGCCACCCCGGGCCCGCUGUCUCAGGAGCGGCAGAACGCGCUGGUCUGGGAGGAGGCGCUGCUGGACAACCUGCUGAACUUCGCCGCCACUCCGAAGGGCCUGCUCCUCCUGCAGCAGACGGGGGCCAUCAACGAGUGCGUCACCUACAUGUUCACCAGGUUCACCAAGAAACUGCAGGUCAGCAGGUGUGAGAAGUUUGGGUACGGGGUGAUGGUCACCCAGGUGGCGGCGACCGCGCCCGGCAUCGCGGCUCUGCGCAGCUCGGGUUUUGUCCAGGCCAUAGUGGUGGAGCUGUGGUCUGCUCUGGAGUGCGGGAGGGAGGACGUGAGGGUGGUCCAUCCCAAAUCCACCCCCAUGGACCCCAUCGACAGGAGCUGCCAGAAGUCCUUCCUGGCCCUGGUCAACCUGCUGUCCUCUUCCCACGCCGUGUGGGAGCUGCUGGGGCGCCAGACGCUGCCCAACAAGGCCCAGUACCCGCUGAGGGAGAUGCCCACCUCCAUCACCGACUUAAUGGACAGGCUGGUUAUAAUCAAUUCGGAUGCGAAGAUCCACUCGCUGUUCAACUACGAGCAGUCCCACACCUUCGGCUUGAGACUCCUGAGUGUGACCUGCUGUAACCUGGACUCUCUGCUCCUGCUGGAGUCGCAGUAUAAGAUCUCUGAGAUAUUGCUCCAAAGCCAGAGGGACAACAUCGCCGACCCUGCUGCUGGCGAGGGUGACUUCAUCAUCGACGGGCUGUCCGUGGAGAGGAACCAUGUCCUGGUGCGCGUCAGCACGGUGGGGGGGCCGUCCGAGCGGAGGCUCCCCCCUCGGGGGCUGCAGAAGGGCACUGACCCGUAUCCUUGGCCAAUGUUCUCAUCAUACCCGCUGCCCAAGCAUUACAUCAUCGAUGCCCCCAGGACACCUCGCGGCAAACAGGAUUCGGAGAUGAGCGCCUUUUUGGCUGGCGCCCCGAGGGACGAGGAGAAGGAGGGAGACUGGAUGAGGAGCUGCAGGAGGCUGUUCUGCAAAGCCAUGACCAGCAAGUCCAACAUCGUCUCAGGCAGCGUGCUAGCUGACUUACUGGAGAAGACGGUCUCCCACCUGGCCGCCUCGCCAACUGACUGCUUCUUUCCACCCGUGGAAUACAAAGCAGCGGAUAGCGGCGACCGGACGCGUAGCCUGUCACCUGUGGAGCAGCUGGGGGUGCAGAUGUCUGUCAGGUACGGGAAAUACCUGCGGCUUCUGAAAGAGGAUGCGGAGCAGGAGUUCUGCCUUCUGAUGAAGCACUGCAAAGAGUUCCUUUCCCAACAGCAAGCCAAGAUCUCAUCGCACCUCUGCAUCCUGCAGGGCGUCUCCCCGGGCCACGACUGGUUCGCCUCCACGGCCUUCCUGCUGAUGUUAGGAGACGGGGAGCGGGCGCUGGCCUUCCUGCUGCGUUUCGCCCGCCUCCUGGCGUCCACCUUCCUGUGGCCCGCCCGCCUGCAUCGCUCGGCGCACCUCCCCAGGGAGAUCGCCCAGUCCGGGAUCCACCCGGUCUACUCGUGCACGGCGCACUACGUGGAGCUCCUGCUGAAGGCCGAGGUGCCGCUCGUCUCCUCCGCCUUCCGGAUGUCCGGCUUCACCCCGUCCCAGAUCUGCCUGCAGUGGCUGGGCCAGUGCUUCUGGAACUACCUGGACUGGCCCGAGAUCUGUCGCUACGUGGCCACCUGCGUCGUCAUGGGACCCGACUACCAGGUGUACGUGUGCAUCGCGCUGCUCAAGCACCUGCAGCCAGACGUCCUGCAGCACGCUCAGACCCAGGACCUCCAGGUCUUCCUCAAGGAAGAGCCUGUCCAGGGCUUCAAAGUGAGUAAUUACCUGGAAUACAUGGAGGGAUUGGAGCAGCGAUACAGAGCAGUCGUCCUCGCAGACAUGAAGAAAAUCACACAGGAAAUCACGUAGCUCAGACAACCAGGUCUCUUAUCUCUUCCUGUUACAAGACAGGCUACGUAUGGCAAUAACAUGGCCUAUUUCUGAGGACAUUGUGUACUGUACGUACUGAAUGCAGUUGAGUAUGUACACACACACACACACACACACACCCAUGCAUGCACGCACACGCUCUCACAUGCGCACACAGACACACACGCACACACAUACACACGCACACAUAUAUGAUUAAUACGCAUCUAUAAAUGUAUGUGUGUAUGUGCAAAACAUCGCCUCUAAUUCACAUUUUGCAAGGGUGAUUUGUUUAAUAACCUGGAAGUAGAGUGUGUUCAGUGUAAUGUACAUAUGUCAUUGUACAUUAUUGAUGUGCAGUAUUUUAUCACGUCAGCCCGUUCUGCGGUGUUUGUAAAUACUGAUAUUUAAACCAUGGUCCGGAGCUCAUUUCCACAUUGGAGAAUAAAUAUUUUUGUGCACAGAUUCGCUAACCUCUGCAUGCUGUGGCAGUGUGUCAGAUUCAUUAAUGGAAUGUAUUGUGCUACCUAUACCUUGUGUGCAAAAGCACCAUUAAUUUUGUAUGCUUCAUAACUCGGAAACACAGACUCAGUUGGAAUGAAAUUAAUUUUGGCUUAUGGAAGUAUUAUGCGAGAACCUUGCUUACAGGCAGUCAUGCACAUCGAGGCAAAAUAUGCAAUAUACAUACACAGAACUGCUUUAAUUACUAUUUUCAUAGCAAUCGUUUCCGUACAAAAGAAAGCUUUUGAGAGUGGAUUGCAUUGACAUAUGCCUAGCGUUUGAACUUGGGCUUGGAGUCCAAGGUUUGCGAUCUCCUCAAAGGCCGAGAAAGAAUAAAACCAAGAAAGGAAAAACACGUCAAAUGAAAACUGUCGGUUGGGAGGGGAGAGGUAGCCGGAACGUUCUGGGAAGGGGAAGGUUUUUAGCGACGCGUUUUUAUGCACGUAGAGAAAAGUUUCGAAAGCCCAGGUAUCGGUGCGAAGGGUCGCCUGGAAAUUUCUCUCCAGAAACGUCAUUUAAAAUCCCGAUCGUCUGCCGUUUGUGUGCGAGUCUCAGGGCCUCAGCCAGGAACCUGUGACUGACGUCCCCAGGAAACCGGAGAGUUCUGGCCUCGUUCUGGCCUCGUUCUGGCCUCGUUUUGGCCUCGUUUCGACAUCAGUCGUCUUCAGCAGGAGCAGCGUCUCAGAAGAGCAGAUCGAGCCUGAAGUCCUGAACUUGGAAAGUGGAAAGUGAGAAAAUAAAGGCUGGCGGAACAGUUGAAAGAAAAUAUCACUCAUAUUUCCUGCAGAGCGUUGCAAAAAUGAUUUCGAACACAGGUAUGCAUAUUCCCCUCUGUUAAAAUCAACACUUGCCAGAGCUUUUUUUCUCCCCAUUGACAGAAAGUAAUAAAAAUGGCAUAAUAUGAGUCACCUGA